CUAGCUGGUUGGAUGCCUGUGACUGUACAUGUGCUGGGGAAAGGGACUUUCCCUGGGGACGCCAUGGAUUUCGCUGAUGUCAUCUCCACCCAGACACAGAUCAAUAGACGCCUCCCUGAGACAGAAACACUGGAGGCUGAAGUGACUCACUGGAAGAGGUUGUGCUGGUGUUUCACCCAGGGACCAAAUACCAUCGACCCAGAAACAGUCUGGAAACUGGAGCCACACCAGAGACCUAGAGCAGCGGCAGAUGCAGGAGAUGGACAAACAUCAGCUGGAAGUGGCCGUGUUGCAAAACACCCACCGGCAGAAGCUAGCAGACCUCACUGACGGGCACCGCAAACAACUAAUGGACUAUCGACGACAGGUGGAAGACCUGCAAAACCAAGACUCUGCCGGGAACGUGAAAGAUGACCUUCUUCAGGAAAGGGAAAUGGAGCUCAGAAGGUUGAAGCAACAACUUACACAAAUGCAGCGGCUGAACGACAGUUUGAACAACCUUGCUUCAGAUCUCCGAGCAGGAAAGCAAAAGUUGGUCUGGGAGCUCCAAGAUGUAAGACGUCAGCUGGAGGAAUCUGUUCUGCACGAGGAUUCUCUGGAAAACAACAUUGCUAUGAGGGCUUUAAAAAUAGAGAAAGGGCAGUUAGUGGCAAAAUUGUGUCUAGCUGAAAAGAAGCUGUUGGAAGAGACAAACAAGUCUGAGCAAAGUCUCAAAGAGUGGUCACUGGUAGAGCAUGUGCAUUUCAUUCAACCCGGUCAAGAGAAAGACCUGGAAAUACGUCCAUCGAGCAGAUGGACGCCGACCAUCACGAAAUGAAGGAACUGCUGUCCUUUGCUUUGGAGGAGCAGAAGCAAUUGACAUAAUGGGUCAGAGAGCAAGAUGUGUACACUGAAGAGCUUAGAGAAAGGCCAGAGCUUCAGGAGGAAUUUGGUAAGUUGACCGAAACCUUAAGAAGCAGUGACAUUUUACAGCAAUCCAUGGAGGACAAAGACAUGCAUCUCCUAUCCAUGACAGAAGAACAUCCUCAUGUGAACAGAGACCUAGAGCGCCUAACACAACAGAGUCGCGCUGUCCCUCUGGUUGACCCUAAAAUCCUAGAGGAGAUUGUAGAACUAGAGUGUGAGGUAUUUCAGCUCAACGAGUUAAAAGAUGAUCUGGAGGAGGAAAUAAAAGAACAACAGAAGAUCAUUCACAACCAGCAGCAGGGGAAGAGAGCACUGCUUCAGUCUUUACAGGAGCAGAAGGAGAAAGUGGACCAUCUUCAACACUGGCAGGAGGAGAUGAACACUGAACACGCUCAGCUCCUUGCAGCGAAGACGAGGCGAUUUGGAAUUUGCAAGUCAUGCUACAAGAGAUGAAAGCCCAGUUGCCCAACAAAAGUACGCAAAUUCCAAGAGAACCCUGUGAGGAUGAGGAAGUGUGAGCAAGCCAGCCUCUUCCCAGAGAGAACGGAAGUGAAGAGCGUGAUCCAUCUAAAGCCAAAAUUCAAAGAUUAGUCCAAGGAAUUAAAGAACAGGAACCGGAGAUGAAGCUUCUCACUGAACAGAACAUCCGACUGACCCAGCAGAUGGAUUGGCUCUCCAAAGAGGAGAUCGUGAAACUCACUUGGAUUAUCCAGCAAAAGGAUGUGGAGAUUCAGGGUCUUUCCAGCAGCAUCCCUGCGGCUUCUCACAGCCAGAACGGGCAUGUGGAACAACUUCAGUGGCAAUUGCAAGAGUGUGCUUUAAAAAGCGAACAGGUGUUGGUCGUCCUAAAUGAGAAGACGAGGGAGAAGAGCAAUCUGAAAAGGGACUAUCACGAAAUGACCGAUGGACCUGCUGCCAAAGAAGCAGACGUCCAGAGGAUGGAAGAGGAAAAUAAAAAAUGGUCCAUGAGAAUUGAAAGCAGCAGCCAGGAGGUGUUUAGAGAAAUGAUUCAGAAUUUGUCUCACAUUAUUCAAGAAAAAGACCUGGAAGUGGAUGCGUUAAGUCAGAUAUGCCAGACUUUAUUGAGGAUCCUGCAAACACCCAGCCCUGGUCAUGAGGUUCGAGGAGUUCGUAUCAAUCAGUUCCAGCAGCUUCUACAGGAAUGGGACACGUUAACACAGCGAGUAAAGAUCAUGGAAGAGUGGAAAGAGCAGCUGCUGACCACGGUCCAAAAUCUGAAGUGUGAGUCACCCCAGCUUCAGAGAGAUCUGCGACAACUCCAGGCGUGGGCUUGCACCAACAGCGAGAAGGUUUUGAAACUCCAGACGACCUCUCUUGACCAGAUCCAAACUUACCAAGGACAUGAAAUAAACUUACAACAGCUAGAGAAGGAACUGGCACAACUUCAGCUUCGCAUCAGGGAGUUUUGCCAAGGACCUCCUUUUAGGGAACCUUGAUGUGAUUUUCCUCCAGCCCUCCAGUGCUCCGCAGGUCCGCCAACUCUGAAGGCCAUGAAGUCUGACCUAGUGAGUGAGUCUUCUCAGGUGCUCCAAGAGGAGGUAGAAGAGCUCAGAAAAUCAGGGCAAGGAAAAGAUACAAUGAUUCGAACCCUCCAGGAAGAUCAGCAGAGAUGGAUUGCUUCGGGGACUGCCACCGGGGAAAGAGAAGGCAAACCACAGGAACACAGAGAUUCCAAUUCCCACACGGAGCAGCAGAAGGAGAAACCGGCCGUUCUACAAAACUCCCUUCGGGCUCAGGAGCUCCGAAUCCAAGCGGAAAGUGAGGAGCUCCUUUCUUUACAGGAGCAGCUCAGUGGCCAGCUGAGUGAGAACGAGCUGCUGAGGCAGGCAGUCACCAAUCUGAAGGAGAGGAUAGCAGAUCUCGAAGUGGACGUGUGUCGGCUGAAAGAGGAAAACGCAAAGAUCGUGGAACGAUCUAGAGAAAAGGACAUGGAAAACCAGGCGUUGCAAGAGACAAAUCGGCUGCUUUCAGUGACGCAGAGAGAGGCGGCAUCCCAGCAUGCUGCGAUGAGAGAGAAGGCACUGGCCCUGGAGCAACUGUUGCAAGAGAGAGAAGAGGGCGAGACCGGGGAAUUGAACCGGCUCGUCGACGCCGUUCGGUCAAUGCAGGACAAGGCAGCUGUGUGUCAACGGGAGAGAGAGGACGCCGUGUCGGCACUGACACAGAAAGAAACGGAAACCUGCGCCCUCCAGAAGGAGGUUCACCGGUUACGAGAGAGAGAACGGCGCCUCACCCAGGAGCUGGAGAGAGGGCGGCACCUCGCUGCAGAAGCCCAAGAUUCUCGUCGCCGGCAAGCUUUGGCCUCCGAGGACCAAGUGGCUCAGCUAAGAGAGGAAGUGACGGUCUUGCAGGGAAAACUCGCUUUGUCUUCCGCUGCCAUGGAAAAGGCCGGCCACGGAGCCCGUCUGCAGGCAGAGUCGCUGCGGGCGCAGUUGCACGUGGUCACCCAGCAGAAGGAGGAAGCUGUGCUCCGGCUCGCCGCCUCCCAGGAAGAGGGAAGGCGCUGCCAUCAAACACUAGCGAGCCUGAAGCUGGAACUGGCCGAACGGAUGGAAGAGGCAGACGCCCUAGAAGGAAAACUGAAGUCCUUACAGGGACGUUUGCAUCAAACAAAUGCCGACUUGGAGGUGAAGGAGGACCAACUCCAAGAGCUCAAGAAACAGAAUGAGGUCCAGCAGGAAAUGCUGGAGGACACACAGAAGAAACUGAUGACCUUUGUCAGUCAGUCCGAAGGAACGGUGGACAAAACCCUCCUAAGGAGACUCUUCGUGGGAUCGUUCCAGGCAGCUGAUGCGGAACGGCAGGAAGCGUUGAGGUUGAUGGCAAGCACGCUGGGGAUCCGAGAAGACCAGCUGUGACUGCACAGUCAAGAGCCCAUGGGUGUUCCAAGCGGGGUGACUGGGGGGCCUGGAUCCAAAAGCGCCCCAUUAUACCUUGGAAAGGAUCCACUCAUAUUUCCUUAAGGACCUUACUCCAUUGAUUUUCCAUUCUGCUGUAUCUUCAGCCUGCCAAAUAUGGUAAUUCCUUCCCUGACUUCCUGUUGUCAAUUUUCUGAUUCACCCACUCCUGUCUCCAACUGGUGUAGUAGACUCCCUACCGAUCUUGCUGGUUCCACCCUUGGCCUCCCUUGAAUGCGUUCUGCUGUCAGGGUGAACUGAAAUAACAAUGUGAUGUUCCUUCCCUGCUGUAAAUAUUGGAGGGUUCCCCCACUGCCUGGAGUUUGAGCUUUAAGAGACCAUGCAAGCCCUUGCCUUCGCGGCCUUCCUUCCUCUUCAUCAGUCACAUAAAGACUGCCAUUUAGCCCCAGGUGAAUUCUUGCAAGCCCCAAAUAGAUUAUUAU